AGAUCUCAACUCUAAGUCUACCUCUUCCUCCAAAAAAAUUGAUUGGAAAUAUGGAGCGUGAAUUUAUAGCUGAAAGACAGAAAGGACUCCAGACCUAUCUUGAUGUAAUUACUACCCAUCACAUACUGUCCAACUGUGAACUGGUAAAAAAGUUCUUGGAUCCAAACAGCUAUUCUGUAAACUACACAGAAAUUGCCCAAUGUGCUUCCGAUCAGAGCCAAAGUGGGAAGUAGUAGAACCAUUAAAAGAUAUAGGUUGGCGAAUACGUAAGAAAUAUUUCUUAAUGAAGAUUAGGAAUCAACCAAAGGAACGACUAAUGUUAAGCUGGGCUGAUCUUGGCCCGGAUAAAUACUUGUCUGACAAAGACUUACAGUAUGCUGUGAAACUUCUUUCUUCCUGUUCCCAUCCCUAUAUUUACAAAGUCACUUUUGCCACCGCCAAUGAAUCUUCAGCACUGGUUAUUAGGCCAUUCAGCGAAAAAGGGACACUAAAGGACCUUAUUUAUAAGGCAAAACCAAAAGACCCAUUCUUGAAGAAGUAUUGCAAUCCUAAAAAAAUUCAAGGUCUUGAACUUCAGCAAAUAAAAACAUACGGAAGACAAAUAUUAGAGGUUUUAAAAUUCUUGCAUGAGAAAGGAUUUCCUUAUGGCCAUCUUCACUCCGGCAAUGUGAUGUUGGAUGGAGACACAUGCAAGUUACUAGACCUAGAAAAUUCCUUGUUGGGACUUCCGUCAUUUUAUCGAUCAUACUUCUCACAAUUCCGGAAAAUCAAUACUUUAGAAGGUGUUGAUGUGCAUUGCUUUGGACACUUACUAUAUGAAAUGACGUAUGGAAGACCCCCAGAUACAAUUCCUGUAGACAGCUUCCCUCCUGCACCAUCAGUGUUUGUUGUGUCUGUGUUGGAAUCCAUUCUGACCUGUGAAGCUAUGAAGAAUGGCAUGCCAACUGUUUCACGGCUCUUACAGAUGCCAUUAUUCAGUGAUGUCCUGCUAACGAAUUCCGAGAAACCCCAGUUUAAGAUUCCUACUAAACUAAAAGAGGCAUUGAAAGCUUCCAAGGAAUGCAUAGAAAAAAGAUUAACAGAAGAACAGAAAUUGAUUCACCAGCACAGAAGACUGACAAGAGCUCAAUCCCAUCAUGGCUCUGAAGAAGAAAAAAAGAGAAGGAAAAUCUUAGCACGAAAGAAGUCAAAACGUUCUGCAUGUGAAAGUGGAGAAGAACACUCAGCAAAAUACAGCAACUCAAAUAACUCAGGCUCUGGGGCGAGUUCCCCACUAACAUCUCCAUCAUCCCCCACUCCACCCUCUACAGCAGAGCAUGCAUCAUUUUGAACGUGAAUUUUCGGAAAAGUAAGCUAAUGCUGAUUUAUCUCUUUAAAGAUGCUCUGUUUCUGUCUGGGAAAGUUGAAUGCAAAUCUUGAACUUGCUUAUAGCAUUGGGAGGGAACAAAGGAAAGGAUCUGAUCAUUUUAAUGGAUUGUUUUAAUGAAAUACAGCAUCUUUAAAAACUAUCACUAAAAUGAUUUUCUUUGCAUCCCAUUCACUCAGCAAAGUUUUUAAUACUGUUUGCACAAUUGCUGUCACUUUAAAUUCAUAAUUAAGUUUUUGUUUCAAUUCAGGCAUCAAGUUUACAGCAUCUGAUAUACUUCCUAUUCCCUUUAACACAUUCUCUUAACAAAAAUGCCCCUGUAAAAAACCCUUGGUAAGUUCUUGUUUGAGUGUUUUAUUCUUACAGGUGUGUGAGUGAGUAGAUGUGUGAUUGCCAGCAACUUCUUCCAACCUGUGUGUCAGGAAGGUCUAGUAAUAACUGAGGACUUGUCUCACGUCCUUUCCCUAGCAAAUACAGGAAAAUAUUUCA